AUGGGUUUUCAACAUAAACAAGAAAUGGGUAGAUCUAGAGAGUAGCAAAACGGUGAUGGCGGAAGGAGCAGCGGCGGACGAGGAGGUGGAAAACGUGGUGGCGGGCCUGGGGUCAUACAGAGGCAAAGUGGGAUUAGUAAGUGAUUGUGAAGAGGAGAUUAUGCUUCUUUGGGCUAUUCAGCAGCCGAUUUUCUCUAAGCACAACGCUUUUGUCAGUCAAUCAGCACUUCAGCUCCACAUUGAUGCUUGUGGCCGCUCCCUCUCCAUUCUCCAGUCCCCUUCUUCUCUGGGCACUCCUGGUGUAACUGGUUCAGUGAUGUGGGACAGCGGCAUUAUUCUGGGGAAGUUUUUAGAGCAUUCUGUGGAAUCUGGAAAAAUUUUCCUCCAAGGAAAAAAUGUUAUCGAGUUAGGCUCUGGCUGUGGAUUGGUUGGUUGCAUUGCUGCUUUAUUGGGAGCUCAGGUAAUUCUGACGGACUUGCCUGAUAGACUGAAGCUAUUAAAAAAAAAUGUCGAAACUAAUCUUUAUGGAGACGUUCGAGGGUCAGCAACAGUGAAUGAACUAACAUGGGGAGAUGAUCUGGACACAGAUUUCACUGAUCCUUCACCUGAUUUUGUGGUUGGCUCGGACGUAGUAUAUAGCGAAGGAGCGGUACUGGAUUUGAUGGAAACUAUAGUAGGACUCUGCGGGAAACAAACAACUAUCAUUUUGGCUGGAGAGCUUCGAAAUGAUGCCAUUCUCGAAUACUUCCUGGAAGCUGCAAUGAAAGAGUUCAUUGUUGGCCGUGUUGAUCAAGACCAGUGGCACCCAGAUUAUCGCAGCUCACGCGUUGCUAUAUAUGUUUUGGUGAAGAAGUAGAAGAGACGGAAUCAAUCAUAUCAAGAGAGGCUUGUGUCGUUCUCUUGAUGAAUUUAGCUAUUGUACUUAUGGAGUGUUUACAAGAACUGUUACUUUUACAAAAGUGAUUUUUGUCGAAAAAAUUAGAAUUGUAGCAGAAUUAAACUUGUUUAGUGUUUGUAAGAAAUGUGAAAAGCAUAUAAAAGUUAAGUUGGAUAGUGGUUAUGGAAA